AUGAUUUCCCUUAGUGGGAAAGGUAAUUUCGUCUCGGUCAUCCUCCAGUGUCGCGGCGACUCCUACGGUCCCAAAUGCCGCUCAUGCUAUGCCAUCGCUCUCUCUGGGAUCGAUUACGAGAAUAAUUUUUGUAUGCAUAACUCCAAAAACGUGAGCGGCGAUCAGAAUUCGUUCCUUAUAAAUUGGACGAUUCUCCUCAGUAAUGUCACAAGUAUAGCCUUAGAAAAAGGAAACAACGACCCGAUCGACACUGCUAUACGGGGCGGGGGAGAGGAGUUUUGGAACGUAUAA